GGUGGCAGGAAUCAUGGGAAGACAAUCAUCCUAACUUGUGCAGUUUGUCGUCUUUAGCUUUCGGGGCUUCAACAUGUCGCACUCGGAGCUUGUUGUGUGUUUAAAGCUGCUGCUGGUUCUUCACCUUGUUUCUCAGUCCGGGGCUCUUGGACGGCAGCAGUGGCCGGUUCCUUACAGGCGGUUUGACCAUCGGCCAGCUGUGGACUCCUAUUGUGAAGCUCUGUACCCGUUCUGCCCCACCGGAGACCCGAAUGGACGGAUUCCCCUCAUGAGAGACAGUGAUGUCAUCUCCAUUUACCGGCUGCAGACGCCGGUGUGGGAAUUCAAGUAUGGGGAUUUGCUGGGAAAACUGAAUAUCAUGCAUGAUGCUGUUGGGUUCAGCAGCUCAGAGACUGGAGCCAACUACACCAUGGAGUGGUACGAGCUGUUUCAGCUGGGAAACUGCACCUUUCCUCACCUCAGAGCGGAGAUGAAGGCGCCUUUCUGGUGCAACCAGGGAGCUGCCUGCUUCUUUGAAGGCAUCGAUGACUUACACUGGUCUCAGAAUGGCACUCUGGAGAAAAUAGGAGUAAUCAGUGGGUCCCAGUUCAAUGACUUGGCCCAGUGGGUGCAGGACGACAACAAGACUGGCAUCUACUACGAGACGUGGACAGUCCUCUCUGACCCCGGCCCAAACGCCACGGUGUGGUUCGAGUCUUACGACUGUUCCCAGUUUGUCCACCGCACAUACAGGAAACUGAAAGAGCUGGGAGCCAAACUAUCCAGCCGAUCACAGACCAACUACACCAAGAUCUACCUGUACAGCGGAGAGCCCACGUAUCUUGGCAACGACAGCGACAUAUUCGGACAGCCUGCUUUGAAAAAUCUGGCCGUGGACAUCCGCAAAUUUUACCACAAUUUCAGGCCGCACCAGUCGUUUGCAGAACUCGCCAUCAGUCUGCUGGAGGCUUUUACGGAUGUCGUGCUGGACAAGAGCUUCUACCUCUACUACAACUUUGAGUACUGGCAUCUGCCAAUGAAACCUCCAUAUAUGCAGAUUACAUAUGAAGAGGUGCCUUUGCCUUAAUAUCACACUGGACCACUAAGAUCACAUUUUUUAAAUUUUUUGAUUGGCCUAAAAGCCAAAGAUAUUAAUAGUAUUAACAACCUUGGAUUGCCGACAGAAAUUAGUCUUGACCACCUUGAUCAUCCAGCAUUUCUCUCAAAAUUACAUUGUGUGUAUCUUUCAGCUGAAUUCAAGUGCAUUUUUUAAUAUAUAUUUUGAGGUUUAUGUUUUUACAUCCAUAUUUGAUGGCCUGCAGCCUCCUUUGCCUUUAUUGGUGCAUUUGAAACCUGAAAUGUUGGGCCAACAUAAGCUAGAACUAGUAAGAAAAAAUAGAAAUUUAAACAUUUUCAUCACAACAGCAGGAAAAACUCACGAUUGACACUGUGAAAUUAUUUUUAUUUAUUAAACAAAAUUUUGCUUGAUAACCUUCCAGACAGUUGCUUAAAUGACUUAACUCCUUGCCUUCUUUUCUGCACUUGCUCUGUACCUGCCUGAUGUCUUGGAGUUGGAAAUCUGCACACAGCAGUUGGUUAUAUUGUGAAUGUAAUGCGAUGUUUAAGUUAAAAAAUCUUUUCUGCUGCACUGUUUAGGACAAUAGAUCUUUUACAAAUGUAGUAAUUUAAGAAAAACAUUUCUAUUGUGGACAGAAUAAACACUUCUGUUUAAUUAUUUUCUUGCAUUAGCUGUGGCAAUGAGGAAAUUAUAUUUCAGGAGAGAUGUUAAGAUAACCUGCAGCUGUAACCACUGCAGUUUCUGUUUAACUAUGUGUUGGUAUCACAAGGAAGAUAAUGACAUAGCAGACACAAAGUACAUUCACAAUUUUUUUUAUUACUGUAUAAGAUCACAUGUCCAAAACAAUAUUUUAAUUUCAAGACAGGUGACCAGUAAAGCAAAAUAGACAAAGCAUUUGCCAUAGAGAAGCAAAGCUAGGACAGCAUUGUCAACACCAGUUUACUCCUAAUAAACUUACUGGAGUUCUCUCUAAACAAACGAGGUUAAAAUAACAAUUACUGACAAGAGGCAUAUUUAUGAUGAAAGAUAAAUAAUUUCCCCUCUCGACCUGUAUUUAUUGUUGUUUUACUGUUUACAUGUUUUACUGAUCCAGCUGAAUUUUCCAAUAAAGACAAGUGAUUAAAACCAA